CUCUCUCUCUCUCUCGGGUUUAUCUUCCCUCCUAAAACCCAGACCCUCCCAAUUUCACAGAGCAAACCUCUUCUCCAAAUCACAAUGCAACGAAACGACGACGUACGCUUCAUCUCAUUCCCCUCUCUCAAAAUCCCCCGCGCUCCUCCUCCUCCGCCGCCGCCGCCGCCGUUCGACCUCCGCUCCCUCUUCUCCAAAAACUCGCUGAGUCAACUCAUCGCCUCGAUCAAAUCCCGCUCGCCUGUCCUCAACCGUCCCCAACCUCUUCCCGCCGAGCCGAAUCCGCCGCUUCUCUGCUCGGCGUCGCUGUCCCUGACUCGCUCCCGCGGCUCGGCCGACGACCGGAGCUGGCCGGUCAGGAAGUCUCCGCUGCUGUGCUCGGCCUCGUUGUCGCUGUCCCGGUCCGACGAGUCGUCGACCCGGUCGGGAUCGGAGGAGAGGGUUUUGAUAAGCGAGGUGCUGAUAAGGAACAAGGACGGCGAGGAGCUGGAGAGGAAGGACCUGGAAUUGGAGGCCUUAGGAGCACUCAAGGCGUGCCGAGCCAACUCGGCGCUGACUGUGAGAGAGGUGCAGGAAGACGUGCAUAGGAUCAUUGACAGCGGCUACUUCUGUCAGUGUAUGCCUGUGGCUAUUGAUACUAGGGAUGGUAUCAGAUUGAUCUUUCAGGUAAAACCAAACCAGGAAUUCCAAGGGCUGGUAUGUGAAGGGGCAAAUGUUCUUCCUGCCAAGUUUCUUAAGGAUGCAUUUUAUGAUGGAUAUGGAAAAGUUAUUAAUCUAAAGCGUUUGAAUGAAGUAAUCACAUCCAUUAAUGACUGGUACAUGGAUCGGGGACUUUUUGCAAUGGUUUCAGCUGUUGAGGUUCUAUCAGGAGGUAUUCUGAAGUUACAAGUUUCAGAAACUGAAGUCAAUAACAUUGCUAUACGAUUCCUUGACAGGAAGACGGGUGAGCCAACUACAGGGAAGACAAAGCCAGAAACGAUUCUUCGCCAACUCACAACUAAAAAAGGACAGGUCUAUAGUAUGCUUCAAGGAAAGAGAGAUGUGGAAACUGUAUUAACUAUGGGGCUUAUGGAAGAUGUUAGUAUUAUUCCCCAACCAGCAGACAGUGGUAAGGUCGAUAUUGCAAUGAAUGUCGUUGAGCGGCCAAGUGGAGGUUUUUCUGCUGGUGGUGGUAUAUCAAGUGGAAUAACAAGUGGCCCUCUGUCAGGACUCAUCGGAAGCUUUGCCUAUUCUCAUAGAAAUCUCUUUGGAAGAAACCAAAAGCUGCAUGUUUCCUUAGAGAGGGGCCAGAUAGACUCUUUAUUUCGUAUAAACUACUCAGACCCAUGGAUUUCAGGAGAUGAUAAGAGGACAUCCCGGACGAUUAUGGUUCAGAAUUCAAGGACCCCUGGCACACUUAUCCACGGUAAUCAACUUGAUGGUAGCAACUUCACCAUUGGUCGCAUCUCGGCUGGUAUCGAUUUCAGCCGACCAAUUAGGCCUAAUUGGAGCGGCACGGCUGGGCUUACCUUUCAGCAUGCUGGUGCUCGUGAUGACAAAGGAAGUCCUAUUAUCAAGGAUUUCUUUAGUAGUCCCCUAACUGCAAGUGGUAAUAGCUAUGAUGAGAUGUUGCUUGCUAAAGUUGAGACUGUCUAUACAGCUUCUGGUGACCGUGGGUCUUCAAUGUUAAAAUUCAACAUGGAACAAGGACUCCCGGUUUUGCCUGAUUGGCUGUUUUUCAACAGGAUGACCGCUCGUGCCAGGCAAGAUCUAGAAAUUGGCGUUGCACACCUUCUUUUUAGCUUAUCUGGUGGCCAUGUGAUUGGGAACUUCCCACCACAUGAAGCAUUUGCCAUUGGAGGAACAAAUAGUGUAAGAGGUUAUGAAGAAGGUGCAGUGGGCUCUGGUAGAUCUUAUGCAGUUGCCUCUGGAGAAAUUUCUUUCCCCCUGGUUGGGCCAGUUGGGGGAGUUUUAUUUGCCGACUAUGGCACAGAUCUUGGAUCAGGUCCAAAUGUUCCUGGUGAUCCUGCCGGAGCUCGGCUGAAGCCUGGAAGUGGGCAUGGAUAUGGGUUGGGCAUCAGAUUAGACUCGCCUUUAGGACCACUUCGUCUUGAAUAUGCAUUUAACGAUAGGGGUGCCCCGAGAUUUCACUUUGGGGUCGGUCAGCGGAACUAGAUCAUUGUAUUCUAAUUUUUUUCAUUUAUUUUUGCUCAUGUUGUAUAGAUUCAUAAGGAAAGGCUUUCCCCCUUUCAAAUCGUUUAUUCAUCAGACAUCAGAUUGCCGUCUUCUUAUCCUCCAUCAGUUUAUAUAUUUAGUCACUAACUUGCAUAUUCCUUGCAAA